UAAUGUUACAAAAGAAGACGAAGGAAUGUACACUUGUUUGGUGACAAAUUAUGUUGGCCAAGGUUCAAGGAAUGCGUUCUUAAGAGUUGUCGAUUCAGAAAUUUUAAAACCACUGGAGAGAGAUGAUGAAACAGAAGAACCUGGUAGUAGGAAGAUGGCUUGCUCUGUCUCCGUUGCAGGAACGCCUGAAUUCAACCGAGGCAAACAAUACCAACAUCUUACCGUUGCUUUGAAGUCUGUGAGACCAAACGACCCCAACGCAUAUGAGUGUAAUCUGUCAGGUCGCUACGAAUCUAUAAACGUGACGUAUGAACAUAAUGGAAACGAAAGAGCGAGGCCUAUUCUCGAAGAUUUUCGUAACGUGAAAGCGAUCGAGGGAGAGAGCGUGACGUUGACAUGCAAGGCGUUCAACAUCAACAGACCAAAGUUGAUUUGGUUCAAAUUCGACAAAAUCUUAAAACAGUAUAAAUUGGUCCGGGAAGGAGAUCGCGUUGAAUUUGAAGCCGUUGAGGACAAAAGCAUGGGAUGGUAUGGCGAGAGACUUCGUUUAUUGAGCGUUUCGAGUCAAGACUCCACGGAAUAUUUGUGCUUAGGCAUUAACUUCAUUGGGACAAAUUCUGAAUCGUUGAUGGUCAAGGUUUUGCCAAAGAAAAGCCAAGAAAUAUAGGUCAAUGAAGCAGAAAUAUCUGAUGACCGCGUGAUGUCUGGAUUAAUGCUGACGAAUUGCUUUUGGUAUGUCUUUUAGCAGUUGAUUAACGUGAACACGACUUAUUGUAAUCGCGAGCACGUUGUUUAAUUUCAUUGUAUUGUCUUGUAAUCAAAGUAUAGCUGUAUUUUCAUAUGAUUUUCGAUGAAAUGUCAAAUAUAUCAUAUCUUGUUGUUCUCAAUUGAUAUUUUUAUGUAGUAUAUGUUAUACAUGAAGUAUUUACUGAUUUGUAUUAUAAUCCAGUUAGUUUCUUCCUCAGAUAGACCUUAGUCGCCACGGAAAGCGGUCACUGGCUGUAUCACCUGUUUCUUCAAGCCUUAAUUCUGCGACAUUUAAACGAAUGUGAGACGACUUUGAGGUAUUGAAAUGAGUCUGAGACAUGAUCCUGGCAGUUGUGUAGUAAUCACAGCAAUAGCAUGUGCUUCUUUUGUUUCAGAAAGACUUCUUUCAACACCUCAAAAUCAUCUUAUUAGCAAAUCAGUAAUUUUUUUAGUUGAAUUCACCAGAUUUAAAUCCAAAAUGUCAGGGUUUUCUGAGGUCCAAAUUCUCUGAAAUCCUAGUUCACCCUUGAUGUAACGUUAGUAUUCCAGAAAUGGAAAAAUCAGUCAACUAUAUGCUCUCCGUCCUUCCUGCCGAAGGACCAAUAGUUGACUCAUUUUUCCAUCAACUGUUCCUGGCUUUAAACCUCUAGAAUUCACCUACAUCAGGUGCCAAAAGUCAUAUAAUCGGUUUACCCUCACGUAUGCCAGAAACGUUGAAAAAUUAGCUAAAGAUUCGACUAUACACAUCGCUAGAAAUCUAGAGCGCGUAUAAAGUUUCAAUUUUUAUUUUCACCUUGAAUAUCACCAGUUGUAACUCAAAAAAUGUG